AUGUCAAAAUCGCGAGGAAAUGUAGUCAAUCCUGACCCUCUAAUUGAAAAAUACGGUGCUGACGCAUUGCGACUUUAUGAAAUUUUUUUGGGCCCUCCAGAACAAACAACCAGUUUUGACCCUAAUGAAAAUGCCUACUAUGAAAUGGUUAUAAAAGUCAACAUUUAUUAUGAAAAGAUUAAACUGAAUUUGGUUGUUUCCUCCCUGAUGGUAUUUAUUAAUGAGUGCUACAAAGUAGGAAUAAAAGGCAUGCCAACAGAAUGUUUUCUCGGAUUUUUGAAAUUAUUGAGUCCACUUGCUCCUCACAUUAGCGAGGAAAUGUGA